GAAGGCAGAACUAGUGGAAACGCAUCAACAAUGGCUGACAAGAGGCAGUUUUCCUGACUCGAAAGCUCUCACCACAACGAGAGAAUCACCCGACCGCGCGAUCGUUGCACGUUAUGCCAGCUGGAGUUAAGGUCAAGACAGAGACAAGAUAGAGAGCGAGAGAUGGGAUGAGCUCAGUGCCGCGCGAAGUGAAGAGAAUUAAAGUAGAGGAUCCAACGUCCAGCAGACUCUCCUCCCCAGCAGUGGGAGGGGAACCUGGAAAGUGUUAUUUCUGGAACUCUCCUUCAUUAACAGUCCUCGAAGGAUUCCCCGACGUGUCCUGGAGAGAAGGGAAGAGGACUAUGAGGAAGCGGUUUGGUGCUGGAGGAGAUGAGCCAGCCAAAGACUACUAGGUGACUGCUGAGAGGUUAGUGGGUGUUGCCUGAUGGAAACCUUAGCAGCCUCUUCUUUAGACCAAACCCACCAGGGUGAUGAUUUGGAGGUGGAGCCAAUGGGAGAGGAGCCAGUAGUGGACACAGUGAGUGAGAAUACUGUCGAAGAUCAUUGCCAAUCAACUAGGAGCCUUGACCAUCCGGUGGUCAACCUUACCCAGAUUGUGGAUGUGCAGCCAAGCAUAGACGAUGGGGUCACUGUGGUACCCCCAGAACCACCAGACUUGUCACCAGGGCCAGCACAUAAGGUCAAUGGUGCAGUCAUCAGACGUUUGUCUUACCCAGUUUCAACAGGCAAACAUGCACUGCGGCAGCAGGCUCGGCGUCGAAGACGAAAUACCUCAAUUGCUGCUGGCAAUUCCCCCCCAAUUACUCGUGUUACUAUGAAGAGUGUAGCUGCAACCUCACCCAAUCCAGCAUCACAGUCUCUUCAUCCAGCAGUUAGCCCCCCUGCCUCAUUGUCUCCCCCACUGUCUAAACCACUGGAAAAAACAAAUGUGUUCACUGCAGUCACCACCCCUUCCCCUCCCACAUCAAGAUCAGGGAGUAAAGCCACCCACUCACCCAGCCAGGGAACGGCAGGGUCUAGGUCUGCAGCCAAAGGGAGCACAACGAGCAGUCAUCCUGUGGCUGGGACAAGGGUCAGCUCCCGGAUAGCCAACAAUGCAGCAGCAAACAGUGGCCUCCACAGUGCCAGCUCCUCUAUGCAACCAAGCAUGCCUCAAACUGGUGCUAAUGCUAAUGCUUUAUCCUCAGGCACACAGGCUUCCAGAGUGGUACGUGUCCCAGCCUCGCAGUCGUCACCGUCAGCGCGAGAUGCAUCCUCUCCCUCCAUGACUACUAUGCAGACAUACCUGGCAGCCAUUCCAGGUUUCAAACCCAGGAAAAGGUCCCAACGGAAAUUAUCUGCAGCAGCACAGUUGGCACAGACAAAGGAAGGAAAUGUGGACUUGGAAACACCAGACUCCAUCCUUACGAGUGUCAACCUUAGAGCCCUCCUCAAUAAACACACCUUCGGUAGCCUUCCUCCAGCUUACCAGCACAGACUGAUCAAGCUUUUGCCAAUGGUUGAUCAGUCAGUUGGGGCUGAUGACACACUAAAAGUUAUUCCAACGGGCCUCAAUAAUGAAUUCUUUGGCCGUGCUUGUGAGUCGUGGAGAUGUCGCCUGGGUGAAGGAGAGUUCACACAUGACAACCAGGUCAAGUUAAAAGUGGAAGCAGAGAGAGAACGUACAAAGUUAGACCCAUGGAAGGUUGCCCACUUUGAACCACUUUGGGGAGUGAAGCAGGGUUGGUGUAGCACUGAGGGAGAAACCAGUUCUAGCAACCCUCCCUCCCCCUCUGGUGGGAGUGUGUCCAUGUCACCCCCACAAGAGUCACACACAACACCAGCAUUUACUUCAAGCUUUUCUGACGCACACAUCAGCCAGCUAACCAAGGUGCUUGAGCACAUAGCAACCCGUAAUGAGAGAAGAACUCAAAGGAGAGCUCAGAGAAGAGCGGAGAGGAGAAAGCAAAGAGAAAGGGAGUUAGCUGAGGAGCUCUCCAGGUGUUCUGCAAGUCAGUCUAGCUCCAUUAACUCAUCUGCCAAUUCUUUAUUGGGGCUCCCCAGUGCUUUGCCUGCAACCCAAACGCCAAGCUCGGCAGCUGCGACUCCAGUGACCUUGCCCCUUGUCCCAAGUUCUUCACCCCUUCCCCCAAACUCAUUAUCUUUGUUCACUAGUUCUUCAUUGCCAUUGCAUGCCGGUAAGAACAAUCUUACUGAAGUGACUAGCGGUGUUCACACAGUGUUCUCAACAGAGGAAAAGUUGCCUCUGCAAUCUCAUGUGGUGAGUGUAGAGUCUGGUGUCUUGUCAAAGGAUAUCUUAAAGAGGAAAGAUGGACUAGCACUCACCACAACCACGCCCUCAAAGAAAAUCCGUGUGUCAAAUGCAGAUGUGACAAACAGUUUUGUUGCAAAACCAGGACCAACUAGUGCACCUGCCCAGAUACUAACCACACCCGUCAGUUGCCAGAAUGAAGCACCCAGAACAACUCGGGUUCCAACAACUUCAGUGACUGUAACUUCUAAGAUUGUCUCUAGUAGUGUCAGCAUAAACACUCCUUCUGUUGCAACAGGAGCUUCUGGGGUUCCCAUAAAGCCAACAGCAGUGAUGGUUGUAAGUGCUCCCUCAUCAGUAGGGAGUGCAGUGGUGGUCACAAAUCCAAGGAUGUCUCCUGCAGCAAGAAUAUCCCCAGUAACAAGAGUCUCACCUGGGCCAUCGCCUUCGCCUUCAAGACUUUCUCCAGUUGUACAAGUUGUCUCGCCCUCUCUUUCCUUGGCCCCAUCACAGAGUCCACCAGCUAGCAGAACAGUUGUGGUAGCUGGUCAAGCUCGGCCAGUGGAGGUUUCAUCCAGUGCCACACCAGUCUCCCAUGUGGCAAAUACUGUAGUUCAGGCUCUGCCUACAUCAUCAGUUGCCAGUCUUACUUCUAGAGUGAAACCUGUCAGAACACCUCAGGGUUUGUCAGGUGCAGGAACCAUAGCCUUGAAGGUAACCAGAAGCAGGCCUCCAGGAGGGGUUAACAUCCAGAGAUCAUAUGAAAUCGUCCAGGCUGUCAUUGCCAACAGCCCUAACAGGGACCAGUUACAAGCCCAGCUCAAAACUCCAGCAGCUUUACUUGCAGAUGUCAAACCUAGCACCAGUGGGCAGACAGUGGUGGCUCCAGCAGUCAGCAGUGGCAAUACUAUUGUGACCAGUCCUGUGAACAGUCAGGUGGUGGUGCAAGCUGCCCCACAGAACCAAGUGCAGACUAUUACUGUGGUCAAGGCUGUUGCCACCACCAGCAGUAACAGCACCAGUAGCACAUCACCUGUACAAGGGGCCCAACUCAUUACCAGUGGCCCACGAAUGGUCCGUCAGGUGGCUCUCAAUGUCAGUGGUGCAGCUGGGACCACUGUGAUGCCACCCAUAGCUGGCACACCAGGGACCAUGGUGCUACGACAAAUGGUCACACCCCAGUCUCUCUCAACCCCAUCCCAGGUACCUUUGGCUUCUUCAAGUAGGGCCUCCUCUCUUUUGCUUGAUGGUAAACUAAGGAUUACAUGCAGCUGUAUGAGAGACUCAAGUGCAGUUACAAAUAUCCCAGAAAGUAAUGUCAUUGUUUCAGGACAGAAUAGUACUGAUGUAGGUAGCUGCAGCAUUGGUUGUGAUGGAGAAGGAAAUGGUGGGAGUGUUUCUGGCAUUGCAAACAUCAGUAAUGUGAGUGAGAGCCUCUGCAGUUUCAAGUUUGGGGAGCCUGUAACAACCAUGGUAGUGAUGUCUCAGCCAAGUGGUGUAACACCAGUUAGUAGUAGGGUGCUGGUCCUUCACCCAAGUAAUAACAGUAGUGAAGGCAUUAGUGACAGUAGUGGUGGUGGGUGUAGUGGCAGCAUUGGUACAAGCAGUGGACCACUGCUUGUGUCAUUUUCAACGGAUUCUCAGCAUCACCUCAAUCCUCAGUCUGAUUCCUCUGACAUAUCCCCCAUAUCCCUGAACCCCCCUAACUCCCCAAGUCCCCUCACAGUUUCUGCAGUACCUGUGAUAGGUGGGGGAAUCACCCAUAAUACUCAGCCAACACCUCGGCUUUCGGCUGCCCCAUCUUCUGCUGUGUGCUUACCUAAUUCCCACUCUAUCAUUUUGCAGCACGAGGUUUGUGAGGGCAGCAUGGCUCCUCCAACAGCCACCUCCAGGCCAAUCACCAUCCUGCGACCCACAACUGGAGGAAAGCAGAUUGUCGUACAGACUGUACCGGUCUCCAGUUUGCAAGUUUUAAGACUAAAGAACAUAUCUAAUGUGAAUGGAGAAGGCAUAACUAGCAGUGAUUCACAGCAGCCUCCACGAGCAGCCAGCGCCCCACCCAAUAAGAGUGGUGUCAUGGUAGCACUGGCCCCAAGACCUUCCAGCGUGGGCCCACGCAUUGUUGUGCAAACAAGCAGUGCCCAGGGCUCCCCAGCCACUAUACUUACUUCAGCUGGACAGCAUUUUUUAUCCGAAGGUGACCCCAGUCCAGGUGUAAGUAGCUGUGACAGUGACCAGCUUGUCACAACACGGGCUGGGGCCUCUCAGUCCUCUGACACAUCAUCAGAGAGCAUCCAGGAAAACCAAGUGGAAAGCCUAGCACCUGCAACUAGUGCAGCUCCUUUGCAGUUGAAUGCAAACUGCACUGGUCCUGGUUCGGGUCCAGUCCCUGGCUCAGGAAAUGUACCAGCUGUCACAACAGUCUCCAGUGUUGUCAAUUCUUUUCAGAAUCUCAAUAACAACCCCAGUAUGCCCCCACAAUCAGUGCAACACCAGCAUCCACAACAUCCAAUUGUGUCACAGCAUCCAAGCAUGCCUGUGAGACCAAAUAUGCGCAUGAUGAUGAACAACAUGCCACACAUGAAUAACAUGCAGACCCUGAACAAUAUGCAGCCAAUGAAUAAUGUUGCCCAGAUGAAUGCAAUGCCUGGCAUGAAUGGCAUGGCCUCCAUGAACAUGCAGGGCAACCCAACAAACCAAGGUAUGCAUGCAAUGCCACCACAAAUUAAAGGGGACAACAAUGAGGAUGGUUGUCCAUGCAACAUGAAAGCCAUGAUUAUGUGCAUGAAGUGUGGUGCUUUCUGUCACCAUGAUUGCAUUGGCCCUGCUAGAUUGUGUGUAGCCUGCCUUAUUCGUUAGAAAAACAGUGUAAUAUUUACACUUCAUUUUCAGAUUGGUCAACACAAUUACACCUCAUUUUGGUAAAUGAAGGGAAUUUUUUUUCCUCAUUUGUUUUCAGGGAUGAUUCCAUGAUGAAAGGGAUGCAUAUUAGACAUUGAACUAAUUUAGUGCCUAGGAUUACAAUUUGGCAUGUAAUAAGACUUGCUAUGCAGGCAUUUGUAAGACAAACAGUAUAUUAGAGAGAAAAAAAACAUGCACAUAUAAUUUGACCUAGAAAUCUCUGCCAAAAGGUGGAAAAGAACCAGUGAUUUUGGUGGCAGUGAUGAAACCUCAAAGAUAAUUGUGAAAUGGAUAUCUCAGGAACUGAUGAGCCGGUCACUCAUGCCUUUGUUUGUCGUUUUUGGGGAGAAUACAACUGGAGGAAGAAAAGUAAAUGCAUCAUAACUACUCUGAUAACUGUUUUCCAAGACUCAGAUUGAAUAGGGGCUGUGGGUCCUCUGUGAGAACUCACCACCUCUAAGAAAAAGGAAAAAUAGUCCUCUUGGAUUAGCAUUUAAACACACAACAGACAACAGACAGUUGAUGCAUUUGGAAAAGUAUGUAUUGUGAUAACAGUACAAUGGUGAUGGUGCACUUUUUAAAAGGACUUCUUAACAGAUGUACCAAUGUGUUUAGAAUUGCCCAUCAUUUUUUAGUACUCGGUUUAUUGUAAAGGUUUACCAACACUGAAAACACAAAGUAUGUUAAUGCUGCUCCCUUUUAGUGAGAUGAUUUCUUUUAUUGUUACAUAACAUAGCAAGAGGAUAAAAGUACAGUCGGUAUCCUCUGAACUCUUGAUAGACACAUCUGUUAAGCACAGUCUUUAUGCUUAAUGAAUAUCUGUUCAGUUAAAAAAAGAAUAAAAAAGUGAUUCUCAGUGCGGGUUGGCCAGGCAUUGUAUAACACAGGUAAUGAAGACAUCAUUAAACACACAACCUACCAACCCAGUCUGGUCUUGUGGACUAGAUAAUUCUUUCUAAGCUGAUUGCCAAUGUGAGUUUGUUUUUUUUAUACUUUUUUUUAACAUGGUCAUGACUGUGAAAUAGUUUUCUUAUUUUAAUGCACAAAAUAUUUUUCA